GGGGGUGAUGCAGGGCAGGAUAUAUAAGGGGCUCUCCAGCCUCGUUUCACCAUCAGCAGACGCAACUCACGAAUUUUGGUUGGUAGGACGGUCUCGUCAAGCGCAGACAACUCCAUCAUGUACAAACUAGUCCUUGCCGUGCUUCUCCUUGCCGCUAUCACCAUGAAUGCUGAAGCCUUCGCCUACGGAUUUGGUGGCCUGUACGGCGGUGGCCUCUAUGGACUCGGUGGCCUUUAUGGUGGUGGUCUAUAUGGAGGUGGUCUUCUAGGUGGUGGCCUCUUCGGUGGUCUGUAUGGUGGUUUAGGAGGUCUUGGUGGUCUUUAUGGAGGUUUCGGAAGGUUUGGCUAUUACUAAAGAGAAACAUAUCUAGUUAGACUUCACAUAUGAAACAAAGCCCUUACUGAAGUGAACCACAUCACAUGAAACAACCCCGUCAUAAAAGAGAGAAAAAUACUACCCUUCGAUGUCUGCUGUUCUUUACAUCACAAGUACGCUUGUUUUAAGAGGCGCAGGCGCUGUACCACUUUUAU